CAAGUUCAUAUGAACAUAUCCCAUUUGAAACGGGUAGAGUCUAGAGAGAGAGGUAGGGACAACGGCGUUGUCAUUACAUCACCAAGUGAAAAAAAAUAAAAAAUAAAAAACAAUUUAUAGAUUUCAUCGAGAAAGCGAGCGAGAACUGAGAAGAGAAGCCGUAGUUUUUCCCUCACAUUUGGGUCUGGUACGAGAUCUGUAUAGUUUAACAUUUGGGGUUUCCUGGAUGAGUCGUUUAGGGUUUAAAUCUGUGAUCUUCGAUGCCGAAACCUUCGUGGGAGACGUUGAGGUUUUCCCUUCGAAUAACCAGAAAUUUCAAUUCCCAAACAACGAAAUACGAAUCAAAUACUUCACUCCACCUAGUGAGCGAUGCCCUCCUCUUUCGAUCCUUCAAACUAUUUCCCCUUUCGCAGUUCGUUGCAAGCUCGAAUCGAAAGCGUUAACCGAACAGUCUCCACUCUAUCGGCUUCAUGCUUCCUGCUUCCGGGAACUCAAGACAGCGGUUGUGUUGCUUGGAGACGAAGAACUUCACUUGGUGGCAAUGCCGACUAAGCAGGAGAAGCUUACUUGCUUUUGGUGUUGUUCUGUUCCAUUGGGUCUUUAUAUGUCUUGCUUAGGGAUGCUGAAUCUACGAUGCCUUGCGAUUGUUUUUGAUCUUGAUGAGACCCUUAUUGUUGCCAACACAAUGAAGUCGUUUGAGGAUAGAAUUGAGGCUCUUCAACGUAGGCUUGCAUGUGAGACCGAUUCUCUUCGGAUUGCGGGAAUGAAGGCAGAGCUAAAACGCUACUUAGAAGAUAAAUCACUACUGAAGCAGUAUGCAGAGGGUGAUUUUGUAAUGGAUAAUGGGAAUUCGUUCAAGGUGCAGCCGGAAGAGGUUCCUCCACUAUCUAAUAACCAUGAACGUGUCAUUCGGCCAGUUAUUAGAUUGCAGGAAAAGAAUAUCGUCCUUACUCGGAUUAAUCCUGAGAUCCGCGAUACUAGUGUGCUUGUAAGGCUGCGACCUGCUUGGGAGGAUUUGAAAAGUUAUUUAACAGCAAAAGGACGCAAGCGUUUUGAAGUUUAUGUAUGUACAAUGGCUGAGAGAGAUUAUGCUCUAGAGAUAUGGAGGCUUCUUGACCCAGAGGCACACUUAAUAAGCUUAAAGCAGCUUUUGGAACGUAUUGUUUGUGUAAAAUCAGGUUUGAGGAAAUCUUUGCUCAACGUCUUCCAGGAUGGAAUUUGUCAUUCGAAGAUGGCAAUGGUGAUUGAUGAUCGUCUGAAGGUUUGGGAAGAUAAGGACCAGCCUCGAGUUCAUGUUGUACCUGCAUUUACUCCUUAUUAUGCUCCUCAGGCAGAGACAGCAAAUGCGGUGCCAGUUUUAUGUGUAGCCAGAAAUGUUGCAUGCAAUGUCAGAGGGGGCUUUUUCAAAGAAUUUGAUGAGAAUCUGUUGAGAAGAAUCUAUGAACUCUGUUAUGAAGAUGAUGCUUCAAGUUUACCAAUUCCACCUGAUGUCAGUAACUACUUAAUGUCAGAGGAUGCUGGUUUUGUGCCUAAUGGCAAUAGAGAUGCUUCCAUCUCUGAGGGCAUAAAUGGUGCUGAAGUUGAUCGAAGAGUAAAUCGACCGGAUGAGAAGUAUAUUCUGGAUUCGGCCGCUGGUUUCAUUUCUAAUAAUCCUGAAUUGACACCUGAAAUGCCUCAACUACCGGUGACCAUCUCGCCAAAUAUUAUCAACCCAGCAGCCUCUAGACCAAUUCCACCUUUACAGAGACAUGGUUUGCCUGGAGCUCCUGCUAAGCGAGAGGUCAACCCUGUUGAAUUGGACCCUGACAUGAGGAGAAGACUCCUAAUCUUGCAGCAUGGCCAAGAUAUGCGGGAUCACAGCUCAGGUGAUCCUUCUUUUCAGUCAAGGCUGCCUGCACAGGUGUUGCUACCAUCAACGCUGUCAAGUGGAAGCUGGUCUGGAGAGGACAACAAUAUGGGACCACCUAAUAACCGGGCAAGGCAGAGUCUGCUAUACAAUGCUUCAGAGAGUUCUACUUCACAUGGCACAUCCUCUCAUGCAUCUCAAGUGAAAAGUGAAGAGGCCUCUUUUGGAAAUGAACGUCAAAAACAAAAUCUUUCGCAAUCAAAGAAUUCUUCAUUCUCAGAGGAUGAUGAGAAUCAUGCAUCUACAAAUAGUAAAGACGUCCAGACUGAAGGUGGGAAAGUGAUUUCACUAUCGUCCUCCAUAUCAAUUGGAGUGCUGCAAGAAAUUGGACGGAGGUGUGGCUCUAAGGUUGAAUUCAAGUCUACAGUAAGCAUCAGUAAGGAUCUGCCAUUUUCUGUUGAGGUUUUGUUUGCUGGGGAGAAGAUAGGUGUUGGGAUGGGGAAAACAAAGAAGGAAGCUCAGCAACAGGCUUCUGAGGAUGCUCUUCACAACUUGGCUGAUGAAUAUAAAGACAAUGCUGCCCCUGAUUCUGGAGCUGUGGAUAAAGAUUUGGAUAAGCUUUCUCUUAAAAGUGAAAAUGGAUUUUUAUGGGAAAUUGUGGAUCCUGAACUGAAGGAGCAGCACAAAGAAGAAGCUUUACCCAAUGCCGGAAUUUCUGAGGCUCCUGAAGAUGUACAUGGUGGUUCAAGAUCCAUGAUAAGUAAUCAAGCACAAAAACGUUCAAAUUCACCAAGAAUUCAUUCCGCUCCAAAAGAGCCUUGGACAGAAAAGCAAAAUGAAGAAGAGGUGGCUUUCCUGGGGUUUUAGUGAAGGAUCUCCAGUAGGGAACGAUGCUUCUUCUCAUGCCCGUUUGCCAACAUCCAGAGAACCUGCCUUUUGCUAUUUUCCACUCCGAAGUUUAGGAUUGAGUUUCCGAUUUGGUUGGUGAUUCUGAGUUUCCCUAUUUGAAUCAGCAGCUUGGAAGGGCUGUUGGGUCGGGCAAGGUUAGCAAAGCCAGGAACGAAGGGAAGGUUAGGAAGAAUAACACGAAGGGCAUUCACUUGCCAUUGAAGAUGAAGAAAUACUUGCAGUUCGAAGUGUAGAAUAGGGAUUCAGCCACUCGAGAUUAGUUUUUCUUUUGUUUAUUUCGUUUGAAGAUGUUUAUGCUCGUGUGUGUCCUCAACAACUAUUUUUUCUUUUAAAGAUGAUAUAUGCAAUGAUAUGAAGCUGUUUGGUAUAUUCAACAACUUGAUGUUGUUUGGUCCCCAACCACCUGAUGCUACCUAUUUAUCUGUAGAAUUUUCUGUGAAACGUCCGUUUGGGAAGAUCUUUGUUUGAGGCUCGUGAGUGCUUUUGUGGUAGCUAUUGGGAGCUACAGUUUCUGUUGGAGUGCCUUCUUUGGGAAGGUCUUUUGAUGUGGUUGUUGGAAUGCUAUCUUUGGGAAGGGCUUUUGUUGGUAUUGGAUGGAAGGGUUUUCAUUGCUACUGGAGUUGCUGAUGGCUUUGUGAUGGUUGAUUGGAGUUCUUUCUGUGGUCAUUGGAGUUUUUGUUGGUUGAAACUAGAGCUUUCUGGUGCUAUGUGUGUACUCUAGCUUGAGGGGGGGUGUUAGAGUAUAUGAGAGCAUGUAUCGGUUGGAGAGCUAUAGGUGACUAUAGACCUCCAUACUGUGGGAUUAUAUUUGAUAUAUCUUUGUUAGUGUCCUUAUUGGGUUUAGGAUAGUUGUUGGCUAAGUUAGUUUCCUUUUUUGAUUAUGUCUUCUACUUUCCUAUUUGGGUUAUGACUAUGUAAUAGGUAGUUAGAUAUUGAAUGAAAGGAGAAGUCCCAAA